GGGGCUGCUCUGGAGGCGGUGCUCGGGAUGCGACCAGGAGAGCGACGCGGCGGCCGCAGCUAUGGGCGCUGGGCCUUCGGGGGCGCGGAGAGGGCUCGAGGAACGGCCGGGCGCGGCUGAAGAGACCGUCGCCGGGACUGGCCCUUGAGAUGACCCGCGGCGAGGGUCCCCGCAGGCGCUGCGAGGGCCUAUGAGCACGAGCGGGCUACUUCAGGGGGAUCCGCUGGCUACUUCAGGGGGAUCCGCCUGACCGCUGGGCAGAUCUACAGGGCCGUGUGGGCACCUCUGGUGGUGGGGUGACCCGCCUGGCACGUUUCGGGGGCCUGGGCGCGUCUGCAGGGGCCAACGCACAUCCCCCGGGGCACCGCCGGGGCCCAGCGCCGCCUCGGCCAGCCCCGGGGCGGCCCUGGAUGGCUGAGCUGCCCGCUCGCCGGCUGGCCGGGCGCCGCAACGGCUGAGCUCGCUGAGAUCGCCGGGCUGCUGCCGCCCUCGCCGCCCCCUGCAUGCCCGGCGCCCGGGUCGCGGCCCACCUGGACGCGCUGGGCCCCCUGGUCCCCUCCGUGCCGCCGCCGCUGCUACCCUCUAUGUUCUACGUGGGCCUGUUUUUCGUCAAUGUGCUGAUCCUAUACUACGCCUUUCUCAUGGAGUACAUCGUCCUUAACGUGGGCCUAGUCUUCCUGCCCGAGGACAUGGACCAGGCGCUCGUGGACCUCGGCGUGCUCUCUGACCCCGGCUCGGGCCUCUAUGAUGCCGAUUCGGAGCUCGACGUCUUCGAUGGUUACUUGGAGUAGGCUUGGCUGCUGUCCCCCGCUCCCCCUACGACCCGCAACCCUCGACCUGGACCAGCGCCUAGAUCAUGCUGCCGCUGCUGGUUGAGGGCACCGUCAGGCCAGGGAUGGGACCCCCAGGACGAGGCCCUCUCCGGCCUCCAAGGCCUGCCUGCUCCCCUGGAAAGCUCCGUGCCAACAGAGAGGUUCCCGUCCGGACCAAGGACAGUGGGACAGAGAGAUUGAGACUGAGUGCCGAGGUCGGGAGGGCACAUGCCCCUGCCCGAGGGCGGUGGCAGGGGUGCCCCCAGACCUCACUGGCCUGCAGCGUCGCGCAAACGGCCUUGCCUUGGCUUCCACCCUCUCGCCAUUGCCGUGGAUGUUUACAGGAACCCCGCCAGAGUCGGCCUCCCCGCUCCUCACCCCCGACUGCACCUGCUUCCCCCACUUAACCUUCGGAGAGGACACUUCACACACAGAAGCCAUUCCCAGCUGUUGGAGAUCUAAGCCCGGCAGGGUUCGGCCUAGGGCCGGGCUCAGAAGCCGCAACUGUUUCAGAGUGACUCAGAAGGAGAAGAACACAUCGGGGGCCGAGGGUGGGGUUUUGACUCAUUAAUUUCAAGUUGUUUGCUGUCCAUCAAGUUGCCAGAACUGAUACUUUGUGCCAGGGGAUGGCACUCUUCCGGCCCAAAAUAUUUUUUGAAAAUGUGAGUGGUAUGAAUACUUGACUUCGAUAAACCUGUAAAAGCAAUACUUAGAAGGCUGACUUCUUUCAAUUACAAUUAAAAAAUGUAUGCAACUUCCA